CAGUUUAAUUGUUAGGUGCGAAAUGGAGCGUAACCAGAGACCUAGAGCAGUGUUCAUGGCUUUUGGAACCAAAGGCGACGUCUACCCCAUCGCUGCCAUUGCAGCAGCUUUUGCUUCUGAUCAACCCCAUUAUCAUGUGAUUUUGAUCACUCAUUCAGCUCACCAGAAUUUAAUUGAUAACUUGGAAGACCAAAAUGUCUCCUUCUAUCCAAUUACAACACCACCUGUACUUUCUAUUCUUCAAGAUCAUAAUCCCUCAGGGUGCGAAGUACAAAGCUCGUUUUCUUUGCAGAAGAAGCUUGUUAGAAAAGAGCAUAGACUACAAUGCUUGAGUACAAUGGAAAAAAUAUUUGAUGAUGGCCCAAACUUGGUUGCUGAUUUUAUUUUGAUAAAUUUCUUCGCAUUGGAAGGAUGGAACCUCGCAGAACUAUUUCAUGUGCGUUGCAUUGUUGGUGCUCCAUAUGUUGUUCCCAAUAGUGCACCUUCAUCAUUUGAACGGCACUUCAAGAAGGAGUUCCCACUCUUAUACAUAUAUCUUCAAGAAGCUCCUCCUCACAUGGAUCCAGUAACAGGUCUUCCCAUGUCGCACAAUUGGCCUCAAUCUCCCUUGCUUUUGUAUGGGUUCAGCAGGGAAGUUGUGGAGUUCCCAGGUUAUUGGCCCAAAAUUGUCCGAGUAUGUGGAUUUUGGUUUCCUCCAAUGAGAUGGCAAUUUUCAUGUAGCGAUUGCAGAGGAAUUUCAGAUUUUGGUUCUCCGAGACAUCAACCAGCAAAAGACGAACUAUGUACUCUUCACGCUUCUUUGCAAAAUUUCUUAAAAUUUUCUGCCUCAGAUAUCCCCAUCUUCAUCGGGUUAAGUUCUAUAGGAAGCAUGGGUUUUUUGAAGAACCCCCAAGUGUUUCUUCGAGUUCUUGAAGCUGUUUCAGCGAGUACAAACCACAAAUUCAUCCUUUUCACAGCAGCAUACCAACCUUUAGAUGCUGCAGUACAUGAGUUUGAGGGGAAUGCAUCUUCUUCCGAUCCAAUGCUAUGUAAUAAAGAUGGGCCGAAACCAGCUGAGCUAUACGGAAAGUUCACAUGGAAGAUAGAUAACUUUUCACGGAUUAGCAAACGAGAGCUUCGGAGCAAUGCAUUUGAGGUACCUCUUAAUUACCCCCAAGGAUGUGAUGUCUGCAACCAUCUCUCGCUGUUUCUUUGUGUUGCUAACCAUGAUAAGCUUUUGCCAGGGUGGAGCCACUUUGCUCAGUUCACAAUUGCUGUUAUUAAUAAAGAUCCAAAGAAAUCUAAAUAUUCUGAUACAUUGCACAGGUUCUGGAAGAAGGAGCAUGAUUGGGGUUGGAAAACGUUUAUGGAGUUAACAGAAGUGAUGGAUGGGUUUAUUGUAAAUGAUACUCUUGUUAUAAAGGCUCAAGUUCAAGUUAUUAGGGAGAAAAAGGACCGUCUUUUUCGUUGCUUGGAUUGUCAGUAUAGGAGAGAACUCGCUUGUGUAUAUCGAGCAAAUGUAGAGCAAAUUUGCGGGAGUUUUCUUGAAGAAAAACAAAAGAAACUUGGGGACUUGCUUGGGGACAGUGCAAGCUUCUGUGCUUUUUGGUUGGGUGUUGACCAAAAUGUUAGAUGUCGAAUGUCCAGGGAGCAAACAGAUGUGAUUUUGAAAGUAGUUGUUAAGCAGUUUUUUAAAGAGAAAGAAGUCACAUCCACUUUGGUAAUGGAGUGUCUCUACCGUGGUUUGAAGGCUCUUGAAUGGCAUAGUAAGAGUAAUACAGCUGGAGAAAAGGUAAUGAACGCUGCGGAAUCACCAGCUCCUAUCGUCCGUGUUAAAAAUGGCAUGUUUACCCUAAUGGAUGAUAUGUUGUUGCUUAUUGAGAGAGCUGCGCUCGAGGCUUUGCCCCCGAAGGAUGAAAAGGGCCCUCAAAACCGUACCAAGGAUGGAACCUAUGCUGACAUUAAGCGUGAAGAGAACAAGCUGGUGGAACUAGGUCGUAGGACUGUGGAAAUUAUUGCCUUAACUCAUAUAUUCAGUAAUAAAAUUGAAGUGGCAUAUCAAGAGGCUGUUGCUCUGAAGAGGCAAGAGGAGUUCAUUCGUGAGGAAGAGGAGAUUUUGCAAGCUGGGAGCGAGCAAAAAGUAAAUGACAAGGAAAAGCGUGCUAAGAAAAAACAGAGCAAACAGAAGCAUAGCAGUGGCAAAGGAAAAGACAAGCGGGGGAACGAGAGCCUGGAUGUGUCGUUACAAGACAAGAUGCAAAUUGAGAGCACUUUACACAGUGCCAUUGACGGCUUGUCCCUAAACCAGGCACCCUCCAUCCUUGAAAAGCCUGACACGUCGAGAGCUGUGCAGAUGUAGGCGAAACAGUGGAUGUUGCCAAAACGCAAGCUGAUUAUUUUUAUUUUUUUAUUUUUUUGAUGAACAAUCUAUCACAUUUCAUUCGAUCCAAAAAGGUGCAUAUUAAAUGCCAACAUCAAGGAUGCUAAGGCUAUUUUAAUUCUUUUUUAUCUCUAUUUCCUAGUAUCUACUGGCAUUA